AUGGGAGACAGCAGUGCAGAGCCUGUGGCUGUGGGAGCAACUACCUCAGAGACUUCCAGCCCACAGCCUAAAGGAAGAAAUGGACAGUCAAACAACACUGAGCUGGUAGCCAAUGACCCCAAUGAUCCCGAUGAAGAACACAGUUUGAUACCACCCAAUGAAAACAUUAAUUGGAACUGCCCAUGUUUUGGGGGAAUGGCCAGUGGUCCCUGUGGAGAACAGUUCAAGUCAGCCUUCUCCUGUUUCCAUUACAGCAUGGAGGAAGUCAAAAGUUCAGACUAUGUGGAUCAGUUCCGGGCCAUGCAAGAAUGCAUGCAGAAGUAUCGACACUUCUAUCCCCAGGACGAGGAUGAAGAAGAGAAAGUGAGAGAGGAUGUGGAGGGGGCCACACCAAUGGCCAUGGCCACAGCCACUGAGGCAUCUCUGACCAAAGAGGAGGGCUCCAGCUAA